ACCACGGCCACAUGCCUUUUUGAGAGUCUAGCUGUCAGAAGAUAGGCAAGGAGCUAUCAAAAAUGAGUAAAUUCAUGAAGUCCACCUCGAAAGACGGCGAUGACGACGCCGGCGACUUUUACGCAGGGAGUGCGUUUGUCUACCUUCCUCCAGCAGCAGACGAUGAGCUGGAAGAAGUAGCAGACGAGGGUUCCGAUGAGGAGCCUCUUGCAAUGGAGGAUGUUGUCCAUGAGGAAAUGAAGAAAGAUGACGACGGAAAGACCUGCAUUUUAGACAUCCUUGAUACAGCUGGUCAGGAAGAGUACUCGAGCAUACGGGAGCUCUACGUCAGAAGUGGAGGCGGCUUCCUCAUCGUGUACGACGUCACAAGGCCCGAUACACUCAACGACGCGAGCGACAUCUAUGAAUGGGCAUGUCGGGUCAAGGACUUGCCAAGAGUACCAGCGGUUCUCUGUGGCAAUAAAGACGAUCUAGAUGAUGACCGGAAAGUGACUAGGGAAGCAGGCGAGGCCUUGGCGAAGAAACAUGGGAUGCCAUUCUUUGAGACAUCCGCGAAGGUACUACACAAUGUUGACGAGGCAUUCCAAGAACUCGUCCGCCAGAUGCCGAGAUAUGGACUGGACUACAAGCUUGCCGUGCUUGGUUCCGGGGGCGUGGGCAAGUCAUCACUCACGUGUCGAUUCGUCUGCGACGAAUUCUGUGAGAACUACGACCCAACCAUCGAAGAUUCAUACAGGAAGAGAGUAGUUGUGGAAGACAUACCCAAAGAAAGAGUUGCUGAGAGGCCAUCGAAAGCCAACAAGGGGCGCAUGGCGAAUCUGUUUUCAGCUGGUCCAAGUCGUAAUCGUCAGCAAAACUUGAACAAAGCGAGGAGUAAUGUCGCACCAUCAUCAAAAAGACGGUCAUUCCUGGGGAAAUUGUUCAACAAAACGUCAAAGGCCCCUGCUACUCCUAGUUCGGAUGGUUUUGGAGAAGAUUUACCCGUCACGCAGCAGGAACCGCCAUCCGCCCAGGCACCACCCCUUUUGCCAAGGAAGAAGAACAAGGUAAGGAAGACCCAGAUGGCCAAUGCCAACGUGAUUGCUCUGCGAUUGGGCGCGCUGUCUGAUGACUCCCGCAUCACCACCGGCGACCCUGUCUACUGCAAUAACUGCCCCGCCAUAUUGUCGGCCAUUUCUCAAGUGAAAGAGGAGCACAAAUGGAAAUGUGAAUUCUGCGGCCAUGAGAACCAGCCUGACAUCGACGAUGCAGAGAUCCCCGCCUUACCAAGCAACGACUACGUGGUGUUCGCGCCGCCCAAGAAGGAAGAGAGAGGAGAGGAGAAGAAGAAGGAUGAUGAGCCUGACCUGAAGGAUACUGGGCUUCUCAUUUACUGCAUCGAUAUAAGCUCGUCAAUGGCCAUGAACAUCAGUAUGCCGGAACUGCAGAGUGAGUGGCGGAACCAGCAGGGUCGUGAUUCAUCUGGUAAUAUUGCCACCCGGUUAGACUGCGUCAAACAGGCAACCUUAAGACAAAUCGAACGCCUUCAAAUAGAGCGCCCAAACAAACGCGUCGCUUUGGUGACCUUCGAAAGCCAGGUGAAAAUCCUCGGCGACGGACGAGCCUCACAGGUGGUCCAGGCGAACCAACACAACCUAGAGGAGACGGCCGAGUGCGGGAAGAGAAUCAUGCGAGAUUUAGCCAUAAGACCGCUCAAGGAUAGCUACGGCUCGGUAACUAAAACAGUGAGUGAGCUGACAGUAAGCGGAUGCACAGCAUUGGGGCCUGCGCUAGCGACCAGUGUGGGCAUGGCCGAGGGUUACCCUGCCGCGGAGGUCAUUCUCUGUACCGACGGCGAACCCAACACUGGCAUGGGAAGUCUCGGGGGUGCGGAGCCCGACUCUGGAUUUUAUGAAAUGAUUGGAGAAUACGCCCUGAGAAACGAGACCAAGAUCUCUGUGAUCGCUCUCGAUGGUGCAGAGUGUAAUCUGCAAUAUAUCAGCAUCGCCGCAUCUAUGACAGGUGGGACCGUGAAUAUCCUGAAUCCCAGUGAACUUACCAGGGAGAUCAGGUUCCUGUCGCAGAAUCCAGUCAUCGCUACAGAUGUGACCGCUAAGAUUAUACUUCACCCCACGCUCUGCUUCGAUGACCCGAACAUCAAAGAGGUGACAACUAUCUUGGAUAAGAAGAUUGGGAAUGCCAACAAGACGACCGACCUAACGUACGCAUUUAAGGCUCAUCCAACUACGAGACCUGUGGAGCAGUUGACAGCUAUUCCUUUCCAGAUUCAGAUCCGCUAUACGAAGCCCGACGGUAUGAAGUGUUUGAGAGUGAUCUGCCAUUCCAUUCCCAUUACAAAUGACAGGAAGAUUAUGGAGGAGAAUGUGAACGUGGCCAUCACCGGGCUUGCCGCGGUCCAUCGGUCAGCCGCACUCGGGAAGGAGGGAAAAUAUAGAGAAGGCAGGGAAAAUCUGCUUGCCACUGAGCGCAUGAUGAGGCGUGGCGCUAAGUCAGACCGGCAGGUUGAAGAACACUUCGGCUUUGUGGCUGAGAACGUUGACAUUGAUGAGGAAUUGAGGAAUAAUAUCUUUAGAAAGGAGAAGACGUGUUCCGACUCGACCGCAAAGGUCUUUCAACAGAAACAGUCAAGAAUGAAUGUGGGGCAAAUGCAGGCUGCCAUGUCGAAAGGAAAAUAUAAUAGAAUGAAUCGGACGACCGAUAAUCAAAACCUUCGUGACCAAUACUACGAUUAUAAGAGCUAGACUACCCGCACUGAGUAACACUGCCGGUCCAUGCUGUCAUAAGAAUGGUCAAAUACUAUAGGUACAUGUGCGUGUACAUUGUACUUAUACAUUGUAUAAUGCAGGCACAUUUUUCACAUUGUAAAUCACACACGAUGACUGUGUGUCCGUCUUAUUUAUGUAUUCGUGACAAGAAUUUUCGAUAUAAGAACAAACCUGCAUCUGUGUUCAUGUAUGAUGAUGAUGCAUGCCUAUGACUUAAAAUGUAUACUUUGUACUUUUUUGAAAUAUAUUUUGUAAAUAAAUUUGUUAUAAAUUUGGUAGGCCCCAACUACUAUAUGGCUCUGAACUUAGGGGUGCCUAUCUUUUAAGGAAGCCAAGUAAGGACACUAUACUGAAGUCUAUAAAAAAGUAAGGUUAGACCAUAAACUUGUACAUCUCAGAAUAUGCAAACAGAUACUUGGUGUUAAGAAAUACUUCCAAUAGCAGUGUAUAUAGUGAGAUUGGUCGAACACCAUUGUUGUUUGAUAUAUUUAAAAAAAAAAAAAUCUUAAAUAUCCAACAUGUGGUGAAAGAUAAUAACCAACUCGCCAAACUCAUCUUGAAAAAUGAGUAUGAUAAUUAUUGUAAUGAUCGCCAGAGCUAUUUCAGCAUUGUCAAUUGUAUAUUUGUACUGAUUUGUGAAGACUUUCCACUUUACAAGGAUAUUGUGAAGGAGUAAUAAAUAAAGAUCAUUAUUAUUAUUAGUAUUA